AUGUCAGACUCUGGAGCCGCAGAAAAGAGCAUCGAGAUCUGGAAGAUCAAGAAGUUGAUCAAGUCGCUCGAAAUGGCCAAGGGAAACGGAACCUCGAUGAUUUCGUUGAUCAUUCCUCCCAAGGGCCAGAUUUCCUUGACACAAAAGAUGUUGACUGAAGAAUACGGUACCGCCUCCAACAUCAAGUCCCGUGUCAACAGAUUGUCUGUCUUGUCUGCCAUCACAUCGACCCAGCAGAAAUUGAAGUUGUACACCCAUGUGCCCAAGAACGGAUUGGUGAUUUACUGUGGUGAUGUCAUCACCGAUGAAGGAAAAGAGAAAAAGUUGAAUAUCGAUUUCGAGCCCUUCAAGCCCAUCAACACAUCGUUGUACUUGUGUGACAACAAGUUCCACGUCGAGGCGCUUUCCGAGUUGUUGCAAGACGACGACAGAUUUGGUUUUAUCAUUAUGGAUGGUAACGGAGCCCUUUUCGGUGCGGUGUCGGGAAACAACAGAGAGGUUUUGCACAAGUUCACUGUGGAUUUGCCCAAGAAGCACGGCAGAGGUGGUCAGUCGGCGCUUCGUUUCUCGCGUUUGAGAGAAGAAAAGAGACACAACUACGUGAGAAAAGUUGCCGAGGUGGCAGUGCAGAACUUCAUUGAAAACGACAAGGUCACCGUCAAGGGUUUGAUUUUGGCCGGUUCCGCCGACUUCAAGAACGAAUUGUCCAAGUCUGACUUGUUUGACCUUCGUUUGCAACAGAGAGUGUUGAAAACUGUGGAUAUUUCCUACGGAGGAGAGAACGGUUUCAACCAGGCCAUCGAGCUUUCGGCCGAGACCUUGGCCAACGUCAAGUUUGUCCAAGAAAAGAAGUUGUUGAACCAGUACUUUGACGAGAUUUCCCAAGACUCGGGUAAAUACUGUUACGGUGUGGAAGACACAUUGAAGGCUUUGGAUCUUGGAGCGUGUGAGAUUGUCAUUGUGUACGAAAACUUGAACAUUAUUCGUUACACUUUGAAAGACAGCGAGGACAAGGAAGUUGUGGUCAACGUCAACCCAGAAUUGCCUGACAAAUCCUACAUGUUGGACAAGGCCACCGGAACAGAAAUGGAAAUCGUCAAGGAAGAAAUGUUCUUGGAGUGGUUGGCUGAAAACUACAAGAACUUUGGUGCCACGCUUGAGUUCGUCACAGACAGAUCGUCUGAAGGUGCGCAGUUUGUGCAAGGUUUCGGUGGUGUUGGUGCUCUUUUGAGAUACAAGGUCAACUUCGAGCAAUUGGCUGAUGAGUCGGACGACGACGAAUACUACGACGACACUGACGACGAUUUCAUCUAG